UCAUUUGGCGCCGAGCAGCCAGACUUAUCGGUCGUUGCAGUCUCGUCUUUGGUUUCGAAAUUUAUCCAAAAGCAAAGAUAACGAUCCAUUGGGAGUAAUCAUAUUGUGUAAAUAAAGCAUAUUAUUCAUUUAAAAUCGCAUUGUUGUAUUCGAGUUGAAAACAUUUAAAUAUAGUGUAUAGUGUGUGAUUUGUGAAAGUGAUUUGAGUGGCUUGCCAAUAGAUUAAAACUCCCCAAAACUGAAAACUAGUUUUUUAUUACAGGAUAUUAAGCCAAAUCAAUUAUAUCAACCAUUAACUAAAUGCACACACCUAUUCACUGGAAACAAUGAUUGGUUAGCUAGUCGCAGAUUCAUUAAGAGCUACAAAUUUUUAAUGUCAUAACUAUCAGCAUUUGUAAUUAUCAUUCUUGAGCCACAAAAACGCUGGUAAAAGUAAAUAAUUACGAUUAAACUAAUCAUUAUUACACACCUUUGCAAAAAUGAAUUUAAAAGACUGUAUUAUAACCAAAAUGAAUGCCAUAAAUUAAUUAUCGCGUAAUAGAGAAAAGCUUACGUAACUUGUGAUUAGACAACGUGAAACGCAGGGAAAACUCUUGUUACCACCCUCGUUGCAUUUUAUGGUUAUGGCUUACGAUUGUUGCAACAAACAUCUGGCUUCCCCAUUGCAGCAGGCCAUGUGUCUGCCUCUUGCCAAGAAAAUAAAAGAGCCUGAAUGUGCAACUGGCCAAAGCGAAGAGAACGGCCAAAAGAGAAAAAAGAGUCACUUGCACUUUUUUGAGCCCCUGUCAUCGGGACAGUGGAGUACGGAGAAAUUUCAAAUGGGGCGACUUUAAUUUAUAUAAUGUUCAUUUAUAGAUCAAUAGAAGUGUUGAGUUUAUUUCUAAGCAAUUUUGAGAUUCUAUAUAAAUUCUAUAUAAAUCUAGUAAAAUUUCUUUAAAUACUUGAAUGAAGAAAAAUGUUAAAAAUAUUUGCUUAAAUCUUAAUAUAUUUAAUUAUCAAUAUAGACCCCCUUUCCUACGCUCCUGCAUCCCGUUUUUUUUUCGUAUGGGUUUGUCUCUUUUCUGUGUGCCACAUUGGAGUGCACGUAAUUUUCCAUUUAGUGGCAGGCAAAUCGAAAACGAAAGUGGAAAUGUUGCACUGUCGCCGGUGGCUCCAGCACCUCCUCGCUCGCCCACGCCGCUCGCUCUUGGCCAGCCGGUUGUAAAUCCGAGGAAGAAACUUAAAUAAAAAAAACCAACAACAACAACUCCUCCUCGCCAAACUCAAAAGCCAAAAAUUGUGAAAAGGAAAUCCGCAAAUGCGGAAGAGACCGUCCAAACUCAGUCCAGUCCAGUCAGUCAGUCAAACGAUCCGUGACUCAAGACCAUUAUCUUUCAUUAUAGCCAUUGCACCGCACUUGGUUCUGCCCGAUUGAGCUGUCAAAGGGCACCGGAUUUGGGAAGCCAGGGAACCCAACCCAUAUACCCGAUAAGAAACCCUCACCAUGAUAGAACGGGAAAUUAUCCACACAACACCUGCCUCGAAGCGCAUCUUCGACGUCCUCAAGGAUGUCCUGCAAUUUUUCGAGCUCUAUGUGCGAAUUCUGUUGGAGCUGUUUGUGUCGCUGGUGCAGAUUGUGCUGCCCAAAAAGCAGAAGGAUGUCAGCGGGGAGAUAGUUUUGAUAACCGGAACUGGGCAUGGAAUUGGUCGGGAGUUGGCCCUACACUAUGCUUCAUUGGGUAGCACAGUGGUUUGUGUGGAUAUCGAUGGCAAAAAUAAUCUGCAGACGGUGGAGAAGGCCAAACGGCUCAAUCUCGGCGAGGUUUACAGCUACAGCUGCGAUGUUUCCAAGCGCGAUGAGGUUACGGCACUGGCGGAUCGGAUCAAGUCGGAUGUUGGAUGCAUAUCGGUGCUGGUUAAUAAUGUGGGCAUAAUGCCAACGCAUCCCAUUCUGCAGCAAUCGGCCGAGGAAAUCCAGCGGGUCUUCGACGUGAACGUGUUCUCGCAGUUCUGGACCAUCCAGGCCUUCUUGCCGCACAUGCAGGAGAAGUGUCGUGGCCACAUCAUUUGCAUGUCCUCCAUUGCCGGCUUGGUGGGCAUCUCCAACCUGGUGCCCUAUUGUGCCACCAAAUUCGCUGUACGCGGUCUGAUGGAGGCACUGCAUGCCGAAUUACGACAGGGACCUUUCAGGGAUCUGAUUCGAACCACCACCAUCUUUCCCUAUAUGACCAACACUGGCCUCUGCAAGCAUCCCAAGGUGAAGUUCCCAUCGAUCCUGGGCCUGCUCGAUCCCAAGCAGGUGGCCAAAAGGAUCGUGGAGGCUCAUCGCACCGACCUCAUGGAGGUAACCAUCCCGAGCUGCCUCCUCUACAUCAACAACUGGACGCGACUCCUGCCCGAUCAUUGCGGCCUGAUGCUUAAGGACUUUAUCGACAGCGGUGUGGAGUCGGAUUUGAUUUAGUUUACCUUCUAUAUUCAUAUAUUAGAUCUUAGAUCGAACUACAAUAUGUUGCAGUACAAUAAACUUACUAUUGGAGUAUGCAUU